UUGUAUGCUUCCCUCCACGACAACGAUUAUGCGCGAGCGUACGCUAAGGAGCGACUUCAACUGUCAGAGGAUGCUCGUCGUGGCCGCGAUUCGAAGUGGCUACUUAACAAAGGGGGUGUCCGCCUUCGUGAGCAGUGGUGUGCGCUUCCUUCUCCAAAACGGCGACGGCUUCUUCAGGAGACACCUGACCUGUCGUUUCCAGAAGGGGAUGAUGGAAUACUAGAUGAAAGGCGUCGACGGUCGUCUUCUGCGAUUCAACUCUCGCCGUCAGUCAUGGAGUCCGAACGGGAGUUGUCUGCUACUGAUAUGACAUCGCCAGAUGUGGCCGACAAAGUAGUUCGCAUGGCGAAUACACGCAGCAAUUACCACCAAAUACUGUGCGAAGAGCAUCGAUUGCGUGUCCGCGCUGAAUACAACCGCGGAAGCCUCGCAGGGGUGCUCGAGUCAGCGGCGUCCAGUGUCAUUAGCGCUGUGGCUCUAGCUAAGGCUGAUUGCCCAACAACGAGUGACGAGGCUUUUGCUGCAGUUUGUACACGACUUACGUGUGUUCUAGGAACGAUGUUGGGAACAGCUCAUUUCGAUCCAGAUCCUGACGAUGACCAACCAUCCCGAGCCUUUUCUGAAUCUCGAAUCCAGGCAGCGCGCCGGAAAUACGAUGUCAGCGUGCGGGAACUGCAGCAGCAUGUGAUGAAGAGCACGUAG